UGAUAUCCAAAAGAAAACAAAACUUUCGUUUAGCAUAACAUACAAUUGUAUACAAAACAAAGUUUGUUUGCCAGCUAAACAUUUUAGUUAUUAUUUUCACAUCUUUAAUUAGUCUAGUUUAAAAAAAAAAUACAUAACUAAAAGUUUUGAAAUUUGAUUUUCAUAUUAUCUGGUGUAUAUAAAAUAUGUUCUAUAAAUUUUAAAUGUGGUUUAGAUAUAAUUUUAUUAAAUUUUAGCAAAAUACAGUAUAUAUAAGUGUUAAAAAAUGUAGAGAUAAUUCUAUUGUGAAUAUAAAGAGAACAAUACACAAUUGUUUGUUUGUACUUAUAUAUAAUUAUUAAUUUAUAAUUUCUGAGGGGCAAUAUAUUACAUAGGAUUUCUUAACAAAAUAAUUAUCUUAUCGAUUUUUGACAUAUUUUGAUAAUAAGAUAAUUUGGGAACAAAUAUUAACAAAAGAGAAAGUCAAAUUUCCUUGUUGAUAAUAAGAUAAUUUGGGAACAAAUAUUAACAAAAAAAGAAAGUCAAAGUUCCUUUUGGAUAUUAGAUUCCUUUAUAUAUUAAAAAUGAUAUGUUUUUCUUAAAUAAUAUGUUUUAAAUAUAAAAACAAAUACUAACAAAAAGAAAGUCAAAUAAAAUAAGAUGAUAAUAAGAUAAUUUGGAAACAAAUAUUAACAAAAAAGGAAGUCAAAUAAAAUAUAUUAAUAAUGAUAUUUUAAUAAUUAAAUUAAUAUUAUCAUUGUAAUUAUGAAAGGUAUUGCCUUUUGAUAAUAAGGUGAUUUGGAAACAAAUACUAACAAAAAGAAAGUUGAAUAAUACAUUAAUAAUGAUAUUUAAAUAAUUUAUUAGUUGUUAUCAUUGUAGUUAACAUUAUAAUAAUUAGUUUAAUAGCGAUACAUAUGAAACUGAUUUUUUAAAUAAUAUUAUAGAAAUGUUUAGAUGAAAUUUGUUUUUCUAAGAACUCUAAGAUAAUUUUAUUAAUGAUAUAUAACAUAAUUCACAUGUUAUUACGGUUCUCAAUUAAUAUAUAAGAGAUUACACGAAAUACUUUUGGAAGUUUCAUGGAGGCAAAAGUUUUCAGCAAACGAUCCAGUAUGUAACAUGUAAUUUUUGUUUUCAUCUUGACUAAUAGAGAUUCCUUCAACGUUAGAUGUUUUUCCAUUUUCACUAUAAAACUGUAUAAUACUUCAUUCUUGACGGGCUAACUCAAAAAACACAAGUCUCUGUCAUCUGUCUUCUCCUUCUUCUCUGUUUCAUCGUUUUGUACUUUUCUCCAGCUAACCUUAGGCUUUUGGGGGACCAUCUUCUCGUCCAGAACAUGGCUUCCCCGAACGAAAACGAAAGCGACGAGUUUCCCAUGCUUCGUCAAUUUCCAGAAGCAAGAUCUCGUGCUUUACACUCGAGGAAUCGUAGCAUUUCCUUCUCUGAUUCAACUUACUCCAGUAACAGAGUUGAAAACUCAAGUGGCCCUCGUCGAACACAGAGUAGACCAUCUCCUUCCGUGCACAUGAGUGGUCCUCUUUACGAUACUCGUAGACCUGAUCAGUCUUUCUUCCCUCCCUCUCCUGUUCAACCUCCUGCAUCCUCCCUCUCCUCCUCUACCGUUGAUAUUCCUUCCGAAGAAGUUGUUGAAGCCCUCUUGAAAAACGCAAAUCUAUUGAAAUCUGGACAGCUAGGGAUGUGUAACGAUCCUUACUGUACUACUUGUCCUUCUUACUACAACCUCCAAGCUGCUCAGUUUCACACUUACGGAGUAGUUUCUGACUCUAGGACCCAAGUAAAUGUUACACACAACCGCCAAGCUCUGCAUGAUUAUGAUAGAGGCUGGGCUAAGCUGUUUGCUUCCUAUGUUCGUAGAUGCGUACCUGGAAUCAUAAAUCCUCAUUCCAAAUUCGUUCAAAUGUGGACUCGUUUCUUAGCCUUUUCAUGCUUGCUGUCUAUCUUUAUAGAUCCUGCCUUCGUUUACCUCUUAUUAAUCAGAGAUGACAACAAAUGCACAGAUAUUGAUUGGCCUAAGGCGACAUUAUUUUUGUUUCUGAGAAGUAUGUCGGAUUUUAUAUUCUUCAUUAACAUUCUUCUUCAGUUUCGGUUGGCUUACGUAGCUCCUGAGUCUAGAAUAGUUGGUGCUGGCCAGUUAGUUGAUCAUCCAAGAAAAAUUGCUUGUAAUUACUUGCGAGGCAAGUUUUUUCUUGACGUGGUGAUAGUCUAUCCUGUCCCACAGCUGAUGAUAUUAUCGAUACUACCCAAGUCAGAAUUCGAGGAGAACGCUAUAAUUGGCAUAUUUCUAUUCCAGUACAUUCCAAAGCUAUACAGGCUUCUUCCACUUAUUGCUGGACAAACACCGACCGGGUUCAUCUUUGAGUCAGCUUGGUCUAAUUUUAUAAUUAAUCUUCUCACCUUCAUUCUUGCUGGUCAUGCUGUUGGUUCUUUCUGGUAUCUUGCAGGGCUCCAGAGAGUUAACAAAUGCUUGUUACAAGCUGGGAAUUUUACGAUGGAUGAACGUAGAUAUCUUAUAGACUGUACUUCUGGGGAAAGCUAUCUACGAGCUCUCUGGAGAGAUAGUGAGAGUGUUAAUGCUUGUUUUCAAGACGGUGGAUUUUCAUUUGGGAUCUAUUUGAAUGCAGCCAAUCUUACCACUCAACGUAAUAUCUUCACAAGAUUCAGUUUCUCUCUGUUUUGGGGAUUCCAGCAAAUAAGCACACUUGCUGGAAACCAAACCCCAAGUUACUCAGUAGGGGAGGUUUACUUUACAAUGGGCAUCAUCGGACUAGGGCUUUUGCUUUUUGCGCGGCUUAUCGGUAACAUGCAUAACUUCCUUCAAGCUCUUGAUAGAAGGAGGACGGAAAUGAUGCUGAGACAGCGUGAUGUGGAGCAGUGGAUGAGCCAUAGACUGUUGCCAGACGAUAUAAGGAAGAGGGUGCGAGAGGCUGAGCGGUUCAAUUGGGCUGCUACUAGAGGAGUUAAAGAGGAGCUGAUUUUUGAGAAUAUGCCUGAUGAUAUUCAGAGAGAUAUAAAACGCCAUCUCUUCAAGUUUCUCAAGAAGGUGUGGAUAUUUUCUUUGAUGGAUGAAUUGAUCUUAGAUGCCAUCCGUGAGAGGCUGAAACAAAGGAGGUACAUAAGGAGUAGCACGGUGUUGCGCCGUAAAGGUCUAGUUGAGAAAAUGGUAUUCAUAGUGAGAGGUGAGAUGGAGAGCAUUGGGGAAGACGGUUCUGUUCUGCCAUUGUCAGAAGGAGACGUUUGUGGUGAAGAACUCCUCACUUGGUGCCUCGAACGCUCUUCGGUAGACCCUGAUGGGACGAGAAUAAAGAUGCCGACAAAAGGUUUGGUUAGCAACAGAAGUGUUAGGUGUGUGACAAACGUGGAGGCGUUUUCGCUGAGUGUAGCAGAUCUUGAAGAUGUAACGAGUUUGUUCUCUAGAUUCCUAAGGAGCAAUCGAGUGCAAGGAGCCAUAAGGUAUGAGUCUCCUUAUUGGAGGCUACGAGCAGCUAUGCAGAUUCAAGUGGCUUGGAGAUACCGAAGGAAACGACUUGAGAGAAAAAAACAGAAUGGUGACAUAGAUGAGUGAUGUGCCUGAAGGGUAUCGGUUAAGUUGGUCAUUUCUUCCAGUGAGGAAACAACUUGAUGCAUGUGGAAGCAGCUAGUUGGAGAAAAAUAGUUUACAUUGGAUUCAUUAGAAUAGUUGUGUAAAUUCUAAUGUGCAAUGUCUAUGGUGUUCCAAUAACAAACAUCAAUAUAGUGUUUAUCAGCACUGAAUUAGAUACUCUCCCAUUUAGUUAAUACUAGGGGCGAGACCCCGCGCAAGCGCGGAGAUAUUGACUUUUUCUGUAUCUACAGUAAGCUUUUUUUCUUAACUUUAUAGUUUCUGGAGUUUGUGAAGUUUUUUUUGUGAAAAAGGUAGUUCGUGAAUUUGUUAUUGAAACUGUGCAGCAGGUGCGGGUAAAACUGUAUAUUAUGUGUUUCAUGAAUAUUUUUUGGUAAAUCGUAAGUCGUUUUAUGUAGCUAGAACUGGUUAUAUUGUGGUGAAUUUAUGAGUUUGUUGUUUUUAGUGUUCAAAUGGCUUAUCCCUAAGGUACGAAUAUAUGUUUGUUGCUCCUUUGAAUUUGUUUAAUUUUGUUUUGUUAAUUGUUUAUGUGUGUUACGUUUAGUUGAUUGUUUUGGUGCGUUUUAUUUUUUUUGCAAGGAAGACUAUUUUUAAUUUCAUUGCAGAGCAAGUGACUGAAAUUGCAUCCAUUAUAAUUUUAUACUGUAAUCUAUAUUUUUUUAAUCUUAAUUUUAACUCAGAGAAUAUUAAAAAAUUCAUGUUUACAUAACCGACGUUUAUGAAUUAAACUUUACUGAUUUAUAAAGUUGGAGAUAUUGGUU